AUGUCGGAUCUGGAGUUAGGGAAGAAAGUGUUCGACGCUGAAACGGCGUCGUUGCUAGUGAAGGAGCUUAGGGGCAGCUUCGCUUCUGGUAGGACGCGAAGUCACGAGUGGAGAGUCUCGCAAGUGAAGGCUCUUUUGAAGUUCCUCGUUGAUCACGAGGACCAGAUCGUUGAUGCUCUACUUUCCGACCUCGCCAGGCCCCCAUUCGAAACCGUCGUCUACGAGAUUGGUAUACUUAAAAACUCAUGUGAAGUCACACUGAAGGAAUUGAAACAUUGGAUGAUGCCAGAAAAGGUUAAAACUUCAACCACAACUUUUCCUUCUUCAGCUGAAAUAGUACCUGAACCGCUGGGUGUUGUGUUAGUCAUAUCUCCAUGGAACUAUCCAUUUUUGUUGUCUCUUGAUCCAGUCAUUGGAGCUAUAGCAGCUGGUAAUGCUGUGGUUCUUAAACCAUCAGAAAUUGCUCCUGCUUCAUCGUCACUGCUGGCAAAAUUGUUAGGGAAGUACAUGGAUAAUUCAUCUAUAAAAGUUGUCGAGGGGGCAAUUGAUGAAACCUCGGCACUAUUGCAGCAAAAGUGGGACAAAAUUUUCUUUACAGGUAGUGGAAGAGUGGGACGCAUAGUGAUGGCUGCUGCAGCAAAACACCUUACACCAGUUGGUCUGGAGCUUGGAGGAAAAUCUCCAGCUGUUGUUGAUUCAAAUAUCAAUAUACAGGUAGCAACUAGACGGAUAAUUGCAGGCAAGUGGGGUACUAACAGUGGACAAGCCUGCGUUUCUCCAGAUUAUAUUAUAACAACAAAAGACCAUGCUCCCAAGUUGGUGGACACCCUAAAGACUGAAUUGGAGAAGUUUUUUGGAAAGAACCCGUUGGAAUCAGAAGAUAUGUCUCGCAUUGUGAAUUCCAACCACUUUGCUCGCUUGACAAAGCUCUUGGAGGAUGAUAAGGUUUCAGGGAAGAUUGUUUAUGGAGGUGAAAAGGAUGAAAGCAAAUUGAGGAUUGCUCCUACUAUUUUAUUGGAUGUUCCGACAGAUUCUCUGGUAAUGAGUGACGAGAUAUUUGGUCCAUUGCUUCCCAUCGUCACGGUCAAUAAACUGGAAGAAAGCUUCGAUGUGAUAAACUCAGGAACAAAGCCCCUCGCUGCAUAUUUGUUUACAACCAAUAAGAAGCUUAAGGAGCAGUUUGUAAUGAAGGUUUCUGCUGGGGGUGUGCUUGUCAAUGACACUCUCUUACAUCUCGCCGUCCAUACUUUGCCAUUUGGGGGAGUUGGGGAGAGUGGAAUGGGUGCAUACCAUGGGAAAUUCUCCUUUGAUGCUUUUACACACAAAAAAGCAGUUCUUUAUCGCGGUUUAAUUGAUGCAUCAAUAAGGUACCCACCAUACACGAAUACAAAGAUGAGGUUGAUGAAGGCUAUCGUUGGUGGUGGUAUUCUUAGUAUAAUUCGUGCUCUUUUUGGAAGUUCUUAUGCUUAA